AUGUUAAACAUAAGUGAUUUGAAAACUGAUUUGCAAUAAAAAUUUUAAGCUGUUGACAGUAUUGAAGUACCUCAAAAAUAUAUAUCAGAUCUUCAUAAAACAAUUAAAACUUUAACUAAAUUAUUAAAAAUUAGAAUAAGAACAGAUAUGCCAUAAUUAAGCAUUAAUUAAUUUAAAGACACAAUGACAGAAUUAAUAAAAAUCUCAAAAUAAAUGGCUGAUUAAAUAUUGCAUAAACAAACAUAAUCCUUAUAAGAAACAUAAAGGUAAAAUGAUUUGGAAAAGAGAUUAUUAUUUUUAGAGGAAAAUGUUGGAAGUUAAUUAAAAGAACUUACUUAAGUAAUUAUUAAAAUAAUUAUAAGUAAAAUAUUGAUUUGUAAAACUAACUUGAUUCUAUGUUAAGAGUAAAAGAAGAAUUUGAAAAUCAAUAAUUAAAACUAAAAGAAAUUGAAUUAUAAAAUAAAUAGUUAAAACAUGAAAAAGACUAAUUAAAAUCCUAAAAUAGUAACCUUUAGAGUUUGAUUAGAUAAUUAAAGGAAGAAAAAGGUAGUAAAAUUGAAAAGAAACUAAAGACUCUUAAAGAGGAAGUGUCUCAUGUAAGUUUAGAUUAUUAAAAAAAAUUGGAAGAAAGAGAUACAUAUAUAGAGAGAUUAGAAAAAGAACUUUAAAUAGUAAAAUCAGAAUUAGAAAUGAGUGAAGAUUAUAAAAUGCUUACUUAAUCAUCAAAAAAAUUAUCAAAAUCUCCAGAAAAAUAAUUUUGA